UUCCUUCCCCCACGCACAGCUUAGGUAGAGAGAAAAUCUACACACAGAUACUCUCACAAAAAAUAUGGAGAUCAGAUCAGCCCUUUGUUUCUCGGUUCUGCUUCUCCUUGCCACUUCCAUUAACGUAGCCAUUGCUCAAAGCGCUUCCAACGUCAGGGCUACCUAUCACUACUACAAUCCCACCCAAAACAAUUGGGAUCUGGGCGCGCCCGCCGUGAGCGCUUUCUGUGCCACCUGGGAUGCGAGCAAGCCCCUCGCCUGGAGGCAAAAGUAUGGUUGGACAGCCUUUUGCGGGCCGGUCGGUCCUCAGGGCCAGGACGCCUGUGGCAGGUGCUUGAGGGUGACGAACACAAGGACCGGAUCCCAAGCAACCGUUAGAAUCGUUGACCAGUGCAGCAACGGAGGACUGGAUCUGGACUAUGAAGGCGUUUUCCGCCCUCUCGAUACCGACGGAAACGGAUAUCAGCAGGGUCACCUUAUUGUGAACUACGACUUUGUGGACUGCGGUGACUAGAGCAGCAGCACGAUGAAGACCGUCCCAUCGAAAAUAAACAUCGUGUACUAAAUGUAUCAAAUAAGUGAUAACGUACGUUAUCUUAUCUGUUGUUAUGAAAAACAGAGACUGUAAUAGUAAUAAUAAUUGAACUUUCCAUUAUAUCUA